CUCCCCGACCUCUAGCUGACCAUGGCAUCUGAAGCAGAGAAAACAUUCAAGAAGUUUGCUGUCUUUGGAGACUCCUCGAGCAGUGGCACUGAAAUAAAUAACAAGAACUUCUCGAAGCUGUGCAAAGACUGUGGCAUCAUGGAUGGCAAGAUGGUCACCUCCACAGAUGUGGACAUUGUGUUCAACAAAGUCAAGGCCAAGAAUGCCCGAACCAUCACAUUUCAGCAGUUCACAGAAGCAAUGAAGGAACUGGCCCAGAAGCGGUUCAAGGAAAAGAGCCCAGACGAAGGCCUACAAGACAUUUAUAAACUCAUGGAGGGCAAGGAUCCAGCCACCACUGGUGUUACGAAAGCAACAACAGUGGGUGCAGUGGACCGUCUGACCGACACCAGCAAGUACACCGGCAGCCACAAGGAGCGCUUUGAUGAGAGUGGCAAGGGCAAGGGCAUCGCAGGACGGGAAGAGACGACUGAUAACUCAGGCUAUGUGAGUGGCUACAAGGGCGCUGGCACCUAUGACAAGAAGAAUUCGGCAGGAGCCUCAUCUUAGCCUAGUAGCCCCCGACCCUGCAUCUUUAACACCAAGGAGCUGGAGAAACAAUAAACAUGUGAGUGUGCAGCA